AUGGAGGCUUUGUGGCCUAAAGCCCUCGAGGAUGGAGACGCGCGGAAAUUCCUAGAGGAGUUCGAGGAAGUCGCAAAGCUGGCGGGAAUACGGUCGAACCGGGUGCGGGCGGUGUUGUAUGCGGCGAGAAAAGGCCCGGAGAAGAUUGAGCGGGCCGUUGCAAAGGACGCCCUGAUUGCGGGUUUUGUCACCCCGGUCGACCUCCAUCGGGCGUUACGGAGCUCGGAGUUGGCGUGGAUCCCUUGUCGCCUGCCGUGGCUCUGCGCACUCUGUUGA